AAACCUGAGAACAAAAACCUCCCAUAAUGCAACUCGAAAUGGGUAAAUCGCCAUUUUAGAGGCUAUUUGUAAUCGUGGUUAUUGUUUGUGCUCGCCAGAAAUGCUAAAUAACAGAACUGAAAUCGAUGAAAAAUUCGAAAACUUGCUUUAUACCAAAUUCUUUAAACGCCCACAUGUAACAUUUUGUUACAUCAUUUCAUUAUAAUUAAAUUAACAAAAGACCACUGAAGGUCAAGUUUAUAUGGUUCUCUGUUUACAACUUAAAUACAUCGAGUAAAAAAUAAAUGACUACAAGUUUUAACUUGUUUCAACCAUUAUCCUGACACAAAGAGAUAAAAUUUGUGUUCAUUGAAAAAUAAAUAGUAACUAUUUACGUGUUUAAAAAUGAGAAGUCUCUAAUCCAGUUGAUGAGUAAAGCAAAUUAAUCCUUUUUGCGUUUUAUAAGUGCAAAAAAGACUCAAGUUUUUACGAGUAUUGGGAAUAUUCCUCACUGAUAGAAAUCCAAAAUGGGUUCAAGAAUACCAUCUGAUAAACUCUGCAAUUACCUCUUGGGAGAACUACUGUGAUGCAUCUUAUUCCAAGAGAAAAUCUGCCUGAACCUAAUUCUCAAGAUCAACGGCAUAAAAGUAAAGAAAGGAGCGGAGGUUGUUGCAGUUCAACUUGCACAAUACUAUAGGUUAUAUUAAUCAAAUCCUUUAUUCUACUUUUCCCCCCAAAGUGUAACACAACCACAAUAGUUGAGUGCAGACUUGAAAACUCUGAAUGUCCUUAUUCUCAGAAUUUUCUUUUUAGCGCUCUCACACAGCUAGGAAGCUGCUUAGAAAACUUGUGGUUAUGGGUACAAAACUAGUCCAAUGUCCCUGCACUCCUCUUAAGUAGCAACUAUUUUGCUUUAUGUUACUUUAAAAUGCCAUUUUUUGUGGAAAACAAAAAUUCUCUUGGUUUUUAAAGAAAUGAGAUCUUUUAUAAUUGUCUUUCAGUCGAUAAGUAAAUUUCAAAAGUUAGGUCGUAAAUGUUUUACCUUUUUUUAUGCUCAUGUAUGUUUUGCAUAUAAUUUUAUUCCUUUUUCAUCUUUACACUAAUAACUCUGAAAAGUUCUCAUUUUAUUAUUAAUUUAGCUACAUGAUGAUGCCCCAGCCCAUUUGUGACUUGGAAUAAUAAUGAUCUUUAAUUUAUGAAUAAGAAAAAUCAUUCCAAAAAAAAUAGCUCUAGGAAUAUGCUUCUAAGUUCACAAUGGGCUAGCAUAUUAUAUAUUUGUGAAUACUGAACAUAGAACAAAGUGCUUGCUAGAUUUCUUGUAUAUAAUUUAAAUAUUGGUUCCUUGGAAAGACCCACUCCUGUGCUUGGGAGUUCUAUAUAGAGUUGUAUCUUUUAAGAUUAUGGAUUUUGUGCAGUGGCAUAUAUAAUGUAAUGUUAUCAAUAAUUUUUAAUCUUGCCUGUUUAAUUAUACUUUUCUCUACCCCACCCUAACUAUUUUAUUUAUUGAAAGUUGCAUUAUUUGAAUAUCAUUUAAAUCUUACAGAUCAUUGAUUUAUUCAAAUAAUUUCAUGUGUUGAUCAUAAUUAAAUCACAAAGAAAUUCUAUUAGACUUAAUAGUUAAUUCAUAUUCUUUUUAGCAAAUCCAUUUCAUUUUGUUUAAAUAAUGCUUGAAUUCUCUUUUCUCAAAGCUGGCUAUUUGUUACAAUUUUUGCAUUAGUUAUGAGUAACACAUAUCAUAUAGGAGAAAUUGACCAUUCUAUAUGCCAUUGUUUCUGCAUAUGUUGACGUUAGUGACUUGUUCAUAUUCUAUUGUAUAAAUAUUAAUGGAGAGUUUAAUGAUGUUACGUAACCUGAUCUAACCAGAUAGAUUUUAUGCUGAUGUAAUAUCCAUGCUUUUACUUGUUAGAUCUGACUAGAUAUAAAGACAUUUUACUUUUAUUUUAUUGCACAGGGUCAGUCAAUUUCUUUUAGAUCAAAAAAUUAUGUGGGAUUUAAAUUAUAUAUUCUGACUGACUUUCCUAAUGGUGGACUUUGACAUUUUUAGUGAUCAACAUGGUUGCAUAAUGUGCAACUCAUAGUUAAGUUAUAUGUGUAUUCAUUGUGGAUUAUGGUGACUGUUUUAGUGACUUUGUUUGCAAUAUGUAUAGAGAAAAUGAGUUGCUUGGUGCAACCUGCGCCCCAACAGUGUAAUUAGUGUGUAUAUAUCUAUACUUCUGUGUUUUGAAAUUGUAAAGUUUUCAAGCUUUGUAUAUAGGUUAUAGCUUAUUGAAUGUGUAUCUUUAAGAAAACACUGUUAGAAAAAUCCUUUUCCCUCCAUUGUAGUCAAGAUCUAGAAUAUCUGUACAUUAUUACAUGGAGUCUUAAAUCUGUGUGCCAUUUUAACACCUUUCAUCUUAAUAAAAUAAAAUAUUCACAUACAAA